GGAAGUGAGCGCUGUGUUUGCUCUGUUUUCACAGCAGUAUAGAAACUGCAUUGUACUCCAUGAGAGCAGGAUGACAGGUUGUCAGUAAGGGCAAACCAACACCCUCUGGGACUCUGGGAUGUGUUUACCAGGUCACUUCUCAGUUACUACCGCACCCAAGUUAGACCACGCCAUUUGUUUUUCAAGUCUCUUUCAGCUACAUGUCUUCUUGGUUUCCCAUGCUAACAGUUCUGAGCAUGUUUUACUACAUUUGCCUCAGACGCCGGGCCCGGCUAGCUAGUAGGGGAGAUAUGAUUAACAGCCGUAGAGCCAUUGAAACAAACAGCCGUGCUUUGCCAAUGUGUGUUGAAGCUGUGCAGUAUGCCAAAGAAGUCCUGGAUUUCAGCUCUCACUAUGGAAGUGAAAACAGCAUGUCGUAUACCAUGUGGAAUUUAGCAGGCGCUCCUAAUGUUUAUCCAAGUUCAGGAGAUUUUACCCAGACUGCUGUGUUUCGUAUGUAUGGAAAAUGGUGGAAUCAGUGUGCUAACUCCACAACUCCUUUCAAGAGGACAUCACCAAGCUUCGUCAGUCAGGAUUAUGUAGAGCUUGCAUUUGAGGAGCCUGUCUAUCCUACAGCAGUUCACAUUUUAGAAACGUAUCAUCCGGGGUCAGUGGUAAAAAUACUUGCUUGUUCUGCAAACCCUUAUUCUCAGACUACGCCUACAGAAAUCAGAUGGGAAACUAUCUGGUCUGGAGAACCUACGUGUCCGACUUCUCCUCAAGCUCGCCAGUUCGCCCCAUGUAUAAAGGAAAUAGAUUUUCCAACAAACCUCCUACGUCUGGAAACCAACAGUACACUUUUGGGUUAUUACACAGAACUGGAUGCUGUGGAGUUACACGGAGUGAAAGAGAAACCUAUGCUUUCCUUAAAGACAGGCAAACUUGACAUGAACGAUUUGGAUGACGAUGAAUAUGAGGGUAAAGACGGCUGUGGAAUAGACUGCCUUAGUAAUCAAUUUAGUAGCUCCAGCCUCAGGGAAUGGACAAAUAAUGGCUACUUUGACAAGCUGCCUUACGAGCUAAUACAACUGAUCAUUAGCCACUUAGCACUUCCAGACCUGUGUCGCCUGGCGCAGACAUGCAAACUUCUUUAUCAGCACUGCUGUGACCCUCUUCAAUACACUCACCUAAGUUUACAGCCUUAUUGGGCCAGUUUGAAUGAUGCUUCUCUGGAGUACUUAUUGCCACGAUGCACACUAGUGCAGUGGCUCAAUUUAUCUUGGACUGGAAACAGAGGCUUUAUCUCUACCUCAGGUUUUAGCAGACUGUUAAAAGUGUGUGGCUCGGAACUUGUGCGCCUGGAGCUGGCCUGUGGCCACUUUUUAAAUGAAGCAUGCCUGGAAGUCAUUGCAGAGAUGUGUCCAAAUCUUCAGGAAUUAAAUCUCUCCUCUUGUGAUAAGCUGCCACCUCAGGCUUUCAGCCAUAUCUCUAAACUCUGUGGAUUAAAGCGCCUUGUACUUUACCGCACAAAAAUAGAGCAAACAGCUCUACUUAGCAUUCUUAACUUCUGCCCAGAGAUACAGCACCUUAACCUCGGAAGCUGUGUUUUGAUUGAAGAUUAUAACCUUAUAGCUUCUGUUAUUGGUGCCAAAUGCAAAAAGCUACGUUCUCUAGACCUGUGGAGAUGUAAAAAUAUUACUGAAAAGGGCUUAGGAGAGCUGGCAGCUGGUUGUCCCCUUCUAGAAGAGCUUGAUCUUGGAUGGUGUCCUACGCUGCAUAGUGGUACAGGAUGCUUUACUAAUCUUGCCCACAAACUUCCAGGUCUGCAUAAGCUGUUCCUUACAGCCAACCGCUCUGUUUGUGACUCUGAUAUAGAAGAACUAGCUGCAAAUUGUCAACACCUUCAGUAUCUAGAUAUACUAGGUACUAGAAUGGUGAGUCCUGCAGCCUUGCGAAAAUUGCUGGAAUGCUGUAAAGAACUUAUACUGUUGGAUGUGUCCUUCUGUUCACAGAUUGACAGCCGAGUAGUACAGGAGUUUACCUCACGAUUUCCUAACGUGUCCAUCAAAAAGAGUUUUACUCAGUGAAUAGAAUGCUGCAGCAAUUUUUUUAAUUUUA